ACCUAUUUCGAUUGCACCUUAGACCAGGGUCUUAAUUUCUCGUUUCGUGUAGCUUUUACAGCUUAUAAAAGUGGUGGUGGCCUUGUUCGUUUUGGUAAGACCAAUUUUUGGGAUGCUAGAGAAGAUGGCAUGUACUUCACACACGGUACAGAAGCUCCCAAAUUAGAGUAUAAGUGGGCACCUGUUUAA